AUGACUGUACUUUGUCACUGCUCCGCCGCUCUGGCUCUGGUAGCCAUCACUACUCUGACCGUCCCUGCGAGGGGUUGGGAAAGUGAGGUUCCACCUGACGACUACUUGGUCUCCCCAGUCCAGUAUGGUCAUGGUCGCCGUCUUGGUGAGAGCGGGGGCACUUGUGAAGCCAGUAUUGAAGGUGUACCUUGGGAACCGCUCCGCUUGGGGGUUCACUUCAUCGAUCUCGAGGCUGACUUACCCGACAAGCCCAUGCGAGAUUUCAUCCGAUCAGAGGCGGUGCCUCGAGCUGUUGCCUUCUGGCAGAAGACCUUGAUGGUUCGUCGAGCUCAAGCUCCUGUUAGGGCAGCGAGAUCUUGUGGCAGCCGGUGGCCUCAUGGUGUGUGUUACUCCGUCUAUUAUAAGGGCGGUGGAGCCUCCUGUGGUUACAUUAACGGUACCGCUAUUAUGAUACCCGACGAGUAUUUGGACGAGCUAACCACCUUCAAAGAGUGUUACGGUGAUGAUACUUGUGGCUAUCCGACAGUCUAUCCAGCUGGAGAAGGCUACAGUGACGUUGAUAUGGUCAUCCUCGUAACGGCUAAGCAUGACUCGGCCUGCGGCAUCAAUGGCAAUGGUGUAAUCGCGUUCGCAUUGAGCUGUCAGAGGGAUCAGUGUGAUAGACCAACCUUUGGUCUCGUCAACGUGUGCCCCCAAAUGAUUAAUGUUGACUCUGAGUACGCCAAGGAUAACCUAGUCGGAACCAUGACACAUGAGCUUGCUCAUGCAUUGGUAUUCUCCGCGUAUAAGUAUCCAUUAUUCCGGUAUGCUGAUGGAUCUCCGCGUGUGCCCCGAAACCCGGAUACCGCUGGGGUUUUGCGGCCGUAUGGAACCAGGGGUAGCUGUGUCUUCAAGAUCGUCACGCCUAAAGUUGUUGAGAAGGCGAGAGACUACUUUGAUUGUCCUACAUUGGACGGUAUGGAGAUCGAGAACCAGAGUCCCCGUCAGGGUUGUCAUGUGCUCGAAUCCCACUGGGAGCAGAGACUCCUCGAGGGUGAGCUGAUGGUGCCCAUAGCAAACUUUGGGUAUCACUUCAUGUCGGAGAUCACACUGGCAUUAUUCGAGGACAGCGGCUGGUAUCUGCCAGACUAUUCUAUGGCCACGAAAAUGCAUAAGGGGAUGUUCUUCGGAUACAAGCAAGGGUGCUCGUUUGCUAUGGAUAAGUGUAUCAACUCGGAAAGCGAGGCGACGUUUGAGGUUGGCAAGAAGAAGACUAGCCAUUUCUGUGGUGCAGCUGAUGAUGACGAGGAUAGGUGCUCGCUUGAUCUCAAAACCAAGGUUAGAUGCUCUGUGAAGCACGAAAAGGCACCGUUAUCUCAAUACGAGUAG